ACUGCCUCAUAGGCAUGCGUCUGACAAAAGUGGGUAUUCACCCACGAAAGCUUAUGCUUCAAUACAUCUGUUAGUCUUAAAGGUGCCACAUAGAAGUUGUAGUUCAUUUCCCUCAUGUCCUCAUUCUCCUCGAUGAGUGAGGAUCCCCGGCUGAACUACAUCCCCCAUGAGGCACUAUGCUGAGAGGCUCCAGUGAUGUUCUGCCUCUCUCUCUCUCCAAGAAGGGAAAGUGUGGUGCAUCAUGGGAAAUGUAGUCCAACCAGGGAGUCUGGUCUAUAAUGGUGAAUGGGGGCAUGAGUCACCUGAACUACAACUCCCAUGAGACAUCACAACAGGAUUUCUAAAUCAAAAUAUUUUGGUUCAUGCUUUUUUUUGCAGACCCUUCCCAUUUACUAACCAUAGUUAUUAAUUAUGUAUAUUACAGUGGCACAUACAUAGAUUAAGGUUGCCUUGCGCUAGAUGCUGUAGAGGAAGAGUUAUAGCCCUUGACCUAACUAGACAAAGGGUAGAAAGAGGAAUAGAACCAACGUCUUCUAAAUCUCAGUGUGACCCACUGGGCCACGGAGGGCCUGGUGCACUGUGACAAUGACUACAAUCUUUUUCUUCUCUUCCCUUCCCCCAGAGAGAUGGAUGCUACUGGAGAAACUUCGUCUGGUUUAUUUCAAGAUCGGGAUGUUAAACUCCCUGGUAUGUCCGAGGAGGAUGUUGAAGAGCUAAAGGCUGCCCUUGAAACAGGGAACCUUUCAGAAGCAGCUCAAAAAGCACACGAGGCCCUGGAGCUGUCAAAAAACACUGAGCUCAACAUCGCCAUCACGGGGGAGUCGGGAUCUGGGAAAUCGUCCUUCGUCAACGCCAUGCGGGGCUUAGCCGACGAUGACAAAGGAGCAGCCGAGGUUGGCAUCACAGAAAUGACAACAGAGCCAACCGCUUAUCUGCAUCCCAUGCUCUCCAAUGUGAAGAUGUGGGACCUGCCUGGGAUUGGGACUCCAAGUUUCCGGCCUGACACCUACCUUCAGCAGGUCAGCUUUGCCCGCUAUGACUUCUUCAUCAUUGUCACUUCGAAGCGCAUCAGAUCCUGUAAUGCAGACCUGGCCCAGGAGAUCCAGAAGAUGGGGAAGAAGUUCUACUUUGUGCGCUCCAAAGUAGAUGAGGACUUGAGAAAUGAAAGUAGAAAAAGAAACUACAAUCAGGAGACCACCUUACAGACAAUCCGAGACUACUGUGUGGAUAGGCUGAGGAGAGAAGGGGUAAAUUCCCCACAGGUUUUCCUCAUUGCCAGUUGUGAAUUCGACCAAUAUGAUUUUCCUCAACUGCAGGAAACUCUGGCAAACGAACUGGACUCUCACAAGAGACACGUUUUCCUCCUGGCGCUUCCCAACAUCUCAAGGCCAAUCCUGGUUAUGAAAAAAGAAGCCCUGAAGAGGCAGAUCUGGAAACGAGCCCUGAAGUCAUGCGCCAUCGCAGCUGUUCCCAUCCCCCACCUCUCCGUCUCAUGUGAUGUUGACAUCCUGGUGGAAUCCAUGACCGAGUACUGCAAAGUCUUCGGUUUGGAUGAAGAAUCCCUCAUUAAACUCUCCAAACAGGUCAGGAAACCCGUGUCUCAGUUGAAGGAUGUGAUCAAGACCCCGUUGGCCAAGGAAAUAUCAAGAGAAGAUGCUUUGGAGCUGCUGAGCAAGGUUACAGGUACAAUAAGUCCAUUCGUCGAUGUUCUCUUCCCUCUUGGUGGUUCCUUGUUCAGCCGAUGCGGGCUGAUGGAUGAUUCCAUUAUAAAUAUUAAAAAGUACAUAAGCCUCGUACCAGUCUAUGGAACCCUCCUAGCUGCAGAGCUCUCAUUCCGAGCUACAUACAACGCCCUGCAUUCCUUUCUGGAAGGCGUUGCUGAGGAUGCCCACCGGGUGCUCACCGAGGCUCUGGAGGUGGCAGAGAAAAAGUCUGUUUAGUGGCACCGGGGAGGAUGGCGUUGCAGUCAGAGUGUUGGAGUGUGACUCAGGAGACCUGCCUCCACCACAGCCUGCCUGUGGGACCUUCAUCACGUCUAGUCAUCUCUGUGCCUCAGUUUCCCAGCCUAUAACAUGGAGAGAAUAAUCCUUUGUCUAUUUAGACUGUAAGCUCAUUGGGGGCAGAAACUGUGUCUCCCUCUGUGUCUGUGCAGCGCCCGGCAUAAUGGGGCCCUGAUCUGGGUUGGGGUUUUAGAGAGAUGUUUGUUGAAGAUUAGAAUUUAGAGACGCUCCCACAUAAUGAAGUGAAUUAUGAAUGCAGGAAUUUAGUGAUGUGCCCUGGAAGCUCGGUUGAGAACCCAGUACAGCUGUGCACAGCAGUUCAAAAGCAAACUAGAAGCUCUUUAGUUUGUUUUGUUAAAGUUGUAUUCCUGUGUGUCACAGACGCACAGGACUCAUGCUCUCUCGGCUUCGUACGGUUCCUGGGAGUAACCCCCUUCAGUGUGACAGCCCUACUCGGGGGUCCACACUCUCUCUCGGGGGUAAAGCCCUGGACUCCAGCGCCUCCAGGAACCGCACCUCUCUGAGCCUUCAGCAAACCUGGUUCUGCCGUGGGUCCCCUCAGGCCUCCACACCCAGAGGGAAUAAUGCCCCCCUGUUCUCUAGCCCGGAGCGACUCUCAGCCAGCGUAAAACAGGAGGUUUAUUGAGCAUUUGAACUCAGCCCAGGAAACUCUCAGGGCCACAGUCCUGGCCUCCCUCAGCACCAUACAUCUAGAUCUGUCCUGUCUCCAGGUGGGCUCUGCCUGCUCUCUCCUUAUACAGCAGACAGAAACGAUUACAGGUCCAGACAGAUUAAGAAUAGAAAAGUGGGGGCCAUAAAGAUAAAACAGACAGAAACGAGGGUUUCACAACCACAAUCAUUGAGAAGUGAUUUCUUGCCAGACAGGAUGCUAUCCAACUAAAGC